GCCUCGACUCCAUCAGUACCAAACGCACUCGACCCAAUCGAGUUAAUCGUGACAGUGGAACAACUUACUUAUUUUUUUUACUGAGAGAUGAGACUCACUUGGCUAUACGUAUUUAUUUUCGUGGUGUUGGCGAGAUGCGAACCCGCUCCCAAAUUGGACCCGGCUGAGCAGCCGGAACAAGGACAAGAGGAAAAUGAACAGCAAGAACAAGUGACCAAUUCAACUGACGUUGAUGCUGAAGAGAUACCAGAUGAUUUGGAAAUCGACGAUUUACCCGGACCGCUAAUUAUCUUGGAGUACGCAAACGAAAAUUCGACGGACGAGAAAUCUAAGCGCACGAUCGACAACAAUCUCGGCUAUGGUUAUCUGAAAAAUAACCUGUUUAGCGGGAAGUAUAAUUAUUAUUAUCCAAAUGGAAAGACAGGAACAACAGUCAGCAUCGAGGAAUCGAUAACGCCGUUUGAGCCGAAAACAAUUAUCGAAUCUGAUAAAACCGUUGCGCAGAAGCUCGAGACCGAUUGGAUGGCGAAUUUUCCUGCUGGCCAACAAGUUUUUGGACAACGAACCAAAUUACGGAAAUUCAACCCAUCAGAUUACUCGCAUCAGCAAUCAUACUCGACGACUGCGAGACCCAACGCUGCUUACACGACAAUCAGACCUGAGUACAAUCAAAAUUCCUACACUACUCCCAAACCAGUUUUCCAAAACUCGUACUCAAGCUACUCGACGACACCGACUUACAACUCUGAGUUCGUUGCUGGCUUACACCCACCUGGAUCAUUUGAGACCGUCACCACAGUGAGCCCUCCCCUGUCCAGCGAUCCCACUCAAUUCAAUCUUCCUCGUUUUACUGUCGAGAACGGAGUCCGCUACGAGAACAAAAUAAUCUGGAAGUAUCCCGACGGCAGGGUCGUCGAGCCUCCAAUGUCCUUCAUAAAUUCUUAUUCUGAGUACGCUGAGCCGCAAAGGACCAAAGUAAAUCAUCAGAAUGGCUACUCGAAUGUUGCCCACGAGUUCCGCGAGCACAGCACAGGAUUUAGAAACCCAAAUGGGCAUCAAGGCGCGAGUAACAUCCACGCCGAACGCAACAAGAAUAUCAACAGCAACAACAACAUUUAUUCACAACGUCCGGCGACAUUUCCAAAUGACCAAGAUUCGAUUUCACAACGUCCAGGUGCUCAAUCUCAGUCACAAGCCUUCAAUUUGUCUUAUCAAAAUAAUUACGGCUACAGACGUGGUACUGGCAAUAGUAACAACAAUAAUAACAAUAAUAAUAAUAAAGAGAGAUAUGAACAAAGACCCUAUUCAAAAUACGCAGUGGACAGUUCUAAUCCCGAAUACACUCCAGCACCAAAUAAUUUGCCAAUACGGACCACUGAAUCUCCACCAAUAUUAACCCAAGGCGGUCAGUUAUCUUCACAAGUGCUCAACAAAUACAAGCCACAAGUCCAGCAGUACUUGUCGAAAUUAUUCACCGGGUCCAAGAACAAGCCCUACAACUCCGCGAACUUUAUCGAAAACAACUACGAGCAACUUUUGAACUACAACCCCUCUAUUUCCCAGUAUGUAAAAGAUCCUUCAUCGAUUCUGCAAGCCUACCCGACCUUCAUCCAAUCAGGAAAGUCUCUAGUGCCAGUUAUCAUUCUCCGAGUAGAUGGAGUGCGUCCAGUAGAACAACAAACUCCGAACAUAAACCUCAAAUCACUUCUUCAGCAGUACCUCUCUCAGUACGCAACCAAGCCCAGUCACGAACCUAGCCAAGAAUUCCGAGCCAGUCCAGUUGACGAUCUGACGUACUUGACUGAAGCACUAAAACGCUUCUCAUCCAACACCCAGGAGCAGCCAAGCCGCCUUGCCAAUCAUCCGCUCGAGUACGAUUCGAAUAUUUAUAACCACAAGUCCAGUUACGAUACCAUCAAUUCGGAAACCAGCCUCGAUAAUCAGCGGUAUAAAUUUACAAAGAAAAACGGGCAGAAAGUCAAAAGCGUCCAGAUAAUAGAUGGCCCUCACUAUCAAAAUUAGGAUAACUCUCACUGAUUAUUAAAUUUAACAGUUAGCACAAAAUUUUUAUCUGUCGACUUAUAAAAUUGUAUUUCCUUUAGGUCUAGGGUUCUCAGGUCAUGAUUAAUAUUAUUGUCAUUAUUUUUUUUUCUCAAUUAUUUGGUCACAAAGUAGUUAAAUAAGUGCCAUUGAGUGACGUAUAGUUGGCUAUAAUUAUGCCCAUUAAUUAAAAAUAUAAAUCUUAGUUAUCUCUUAGUAUUUAAAAACGGGUAUGUGCAAUAAAUGAAUGUUUUAUAAUUAAAUCUGUCAAUAAAUUAUAAAAUAAAGAUUUGCGUAACCAAAUCUUGACACUUCAUAAAGGUACCUUUAUUUGCAAUUUAGAUCAUAAGAAAACUUUUAUAAUAUUUUAAUAAAUAUCACUUUUGUAUUUUUUAUGACAAAUAAAUACUGUCAACUA